CUUAAUGCCCUGUCAGCGUCUCAUAGGCAUUAAGCCCACUGUAAACAAAAGAUAUCCCGGGGCCGGGAACCCCCGCGUUAGCGCUCGGCUCCCCGGGCUCUCCGCCAAUCCGAUGUCUUGCGUCAUAACAAUUUUCAAUAUCAUAACCACCGACGCCACCAUAUACACCGUCUCAACUCAUCACUAUGGCCCGCUUGUCUGGUCUGCAAAAGGAGGUCCUCGGACUCUACCGCAAGUGUCUGCGCGAGUGCCGCAAGAAGCCGGAAGCCACUCGGGCUCACUUCAAGGCCUUUGCUAGAACCGAAUUCGAAAAGAACAUCAAGGUUGACAGGAAAGACUUCUCCGCCAUUGAGUUCCUCCUGCGCAAGGGGUCGCGCCAGCUGGAAAUUCCCAGUCUCGCCCGUCGCGCAGCCGAGGAAGUCUUUCGCAAACCGCUCAGUAUAUCGCUGCAAAAGCUCCGUCGAGCCCAGGCUAAGCGACAUGCCACCAAAGUCCGCGUCUCGUUUGUUCACUCUAAUGGGAGUCAGAAUCGUCUUUCGGGGUCUGCAAGGAAGAGGCCGUCGCAUCAGCGAAAGCCGAGUCCUCCGAAGCGUGGGAAUCGUGCUAUACCGGUGAUGUGGCAGGAUAUCGAUUACAAAGGAGGACCGAGACAGCUCCAGAAGAGUCGCGGUUCGUAUGCCAAGCUCGGCCCCUAUGAUGCCUCCUCUUCGCAGGAAGACCACUGUUGCUUGGGGAGCCCGUCGAAGGAAGAUGCGGAGAAACCACCCAGAGCGUAUUGGGGAGAGCUUCCAAGGUCACCUGUGAAAUCACCGCCAAAGGUCCCCAAGCCGCCAGGCGAAGAGCCACUAUUAUACAUCAGCAGAGAUAAGCGAUCCGUCAUCAAGUUGCGACCCCUUCCGCCCCCUCCGGAAGGCCCGAGUGCGCCAAUGCCGAGACCAAGUCCAGGUACACCAACUCCAAGAGGAAAGGCUCUCGCAAGACCAUCAUCACCUGUCAGGUCGGGGGCACCGCAACCGCGGAAACUUCCAAUGCAUACUGAGACGUGGGUUCCUCCUGAGACCUGGGGUUCCACUAACAGACAGCUCAAGCCCAGCAAGAAAGGUUUAGGUGGUAAGGAUCGCGCCAACGCACCGUCAUCUAACAACCGCCAUCUUGUAUCCCGCUUCUGUCACCGUCGAAAAGCAUUCCACAGGUCAAAAGAUCUCGAGGAGGCACAACCGGGCGGUACCAGUACACUUACAGGGCAUCAUCCAGCUGUCGGCAACACCCAGGACUCUGUACGUACGGUGAAAGAGCUCCUCCCAUACCGAGACCAAUUCCGAACUGCCGGUCUUGCGGUGUCAUCCAAGGAGCAAAAGGCAUAUCACAGGAGAGGGAAACUUGCCCCCUUGCUUGGAAAGAUCUCACCAGGAAGUGAAUGGCUGAGACUAGACGGAGGAACCGAAACUAAGGAGCUCAGCAAUGAGAUCGUCAUUGAGGUUAAGAAAGAUGACUCUCCCUCUCCUAUCAAUGUUGAACAGAUAUCACAGAAGAGCGGAGAAGACAAGCUUUCCAACGCUUCACCACAGUCAAGCCCAACAAAGCCAAUUUCAAACGGCCACUCAUUCGCAGAGCGUCAGCCCGGUCAAAAUCCAUCUCCAGCUCCCGACGAAGAAAAAGAAAACAUCAUACCAACAGCCCGACCACCUGCACCAAAACUCCAGGGCAUCCCAAACUCCGACAAAACCCUCCCAGCACUUCCCCGUGUCUUUUCCCAAGUCCUGGUCCGGCACGGCAGCAGCCCUUCGCGGAACUCCAGCUGGAGCGCAGCCAUGCGCCAAUUCCCGCCUACCAUCGUGGAACAAAAGGAGCCAUCGCCAGACAAACAACAACAAAAGCAGAAAACGAUUCACCGUCAUCAACAAAUCGCCACCCCAUCAAUCCAGUCCGCUACCAGUUACGGAACGGCCAUUAUCCAACCAGCAAAGAGGUACGGCCAGUUACAGAUACGAAAUACGCAGAACAGCAUUAGCGAGGUGACUAUUACAACGAAGACGCCCCCCCAUCCGAGCGUGGUUUCCAGUAUCGAGCUGCCGAAGAGUGUCAGAACCAGAACCAGAACCAGAACUGGCACGCCUUCUUCAUACCUGGAACAAGCUCUUGAUGAGGCUGUGCGGCGGCUGCAGGCCAUGGGGGAGACGAGACUGCAGAAGGCCGCGGCGCUGAGGAGGCAGAAGAUGCUUAGUGGUGGUGGUGGUGCGGCGGGGGGUAGUCACAGUAGUCCACGGUCGAAGCCGUCUUCUUCUCCGGUUGUCUCGUUGAAAGGGGCUGGGGCUGGGGCUACAGCUGAGAGGUCGGCCUCGUUCACGCCAGAGGUGGAAGAAGCAAUGGCUGUGAUUAUUCCCAGGGCCGGGGCCCCGUCAAGGCCACCACCACCGAGACCAGGACCAGGGUCGGUGCUGGCUUCUAUUGAGGUUCAUUGCCCGGGCCCAGUCUCGGGUCCAGUGUCGUCGACGUAUAUACCGAAAGGUGCUGCUGGUGCUGGUGGUCAUGCGCCGCUACGCAACACCCGCCCCGAACCAGAACCCAGUCCAGAUCCCGAUCGCGCUGCGUUUCCACUGCCCCCUUCCAGACCAGAAAGCAGCCGUCGUAACUCGCGCCCCGACCUAACCCAAGCCCAAGCCCAAAAAUUCCGCGUCAGCAAACGAUCUAGCUUCAUCUCCACCAACCAACGAGCAAGCUUCAGUUCCAGCCAACGUCGUCCCCCUUCCCAGCGACAGCGUCUCCCCUCUCACGUCCGACCCCCCUCUCAACAACGACCCCCCACCCGCCGUCAAACCCAUCCCCCAACAACAACAACAACUCACUCCUCCCUCUUCAACGAAGACCACACACAGAGACACUCCAACCACCCCGACCGGCACCUCCCCGCGGCCGAUAUCCUCAAAGGUCUCAAAAUCAUAUGCGCGGCCUCAGCUGAUGAAGAUUUGGACGCAUGGUUUCGACAUAAGACGGGACUGAGACUGCGGAGAUUUCUAGCUGAUUUGCGAACUUUUGAGGAGUUGGGGGAGGAGGGGGCGAGGACCAUCUCGGAGGACGUGAAAAGGAGGAGGAGGAGAAGAGGAGAAAGGGCGAUGAAGAGAGGGACGAAGAUGGGGAAGGGGAAGGGAAAGGGAAAAAAUAGGAUUGAAAGGGCUGAAGAAGAGGCUGAACGUGGUGGCUCAACGACGUAUGAAAGAGGGGGAGGAGCACACGGAGGACGCGAAGGGGGUUCAGGAUACGGGUUGAGGCCCGGUAGGAACGGGAGAGGCGGCGGAAGAGACGAAAGAGGGUAUGAGAAGGAGGGAGCGCAGAGAGGGUCAACGUCGAGGAGGUAUGGGAGAGAAUCGGGGGGUUAUGAUAGGGAAACGAAGUAUGAUGAAAGUUGGGGGGCUAAAGGUGGGCACGACCGGGCUAGCAGGAUGCACCGUGGUACGAGUUUUGGGGAGGAGGUUCAUGAGAACGGUGAUGCCGAUGCAGAGAGGAAGCGUAGGAGUGGGAGUGGCAGACUGAGUAUCGGCAAGAGACAAAAAAAAAUUGGGUAUUAAAGAACGCAUCAAGUUAUCUGGCUCCACGAAUUGGGAUACGAAUUGGCAUAUCUACGGCAUCCAUAUGAGUUUUAUACAGACGUUAUAGAGAGUCGACGAUUAGGAUAUUGCUUCUAUUACCAGGACUUCCAUACCUCAUCAAUCUGAUAUCUAUC